AUGUCCUGCCAGCAAAACCAGCAGAAGUGCCAGCUCCCCGCCAAGUUCCUCCCCAAAUGUCCACCUAAAUGACCCCCUCAGGCCCCUCAGGUCCCUGCUCCCUGCCCUGCUCCUGCCCCCUCCUACUAUGUCCCCAGUUGCUGUAUUUCUGGCUUUGGAGGCUGCUGCUCUCUGGCAUCUCACCAGUUCCCGUACAUCUGCCUAUGCCAGCCCACUUCCAACUGCUGUGUGAGGGAGUCCUCUGGGUGUUCCAGUUGUUGCCAUGGCCUUGGGGGCUGGAGGUGA